GACGUCACAUCCGUCUUCCCCUAUUCCCGGUCUUCGCGAAAAUUUGAGUAUCGGUUCCCGGUAGUGCACUGUGCUACACCGUGGACUCGCGAAAAAAUCCUUAUUGGCAAAUGGGUAACAAAGCAGUGUUGCUGGUGCAUAAUAUGACAACCAUGUCGCACCCUCAAAAAUUGGCGACUUAUUCACAACUGACGUUGUCUGAUUGGCCAGCUUUAAAUUUCCGGCGGGUUCUUUCUGUGCUUUGCAAAAAUAACCUUACUUUUUCAGCAUGUCAUUGUCUUAACAAUUUCAUUUUAAUUAAAUAAAGUCCCUAUUAUGUUAUUUGAGCCAUAUGCAUUUUGUUCGGAGUUGUGAAAUAUAACAAUGAAUGUAAUAUUUGAAGAUCGUACCUGUUUGUAUCUCCACAUUACUUUUUGAACAGUGGAGCACCACCAAAAGUUCAACAACUGCCGUUGUCAACCCCUGAGGUCCUGAGAAUUAUCAGAAGCGCAGAGAUUACUUCUGAUCUAACUAAAAAGGCUCAGCUCUGAAGGAUAUUUGCAGAACAUAACAUUUGUGCCAACAAAAGCUGGGGAAUGAAAACAUCUGGACCAUAAUGAUGUUAAUACUCAUUUGUUUGUAGAAAGCUGAAUGAGAUUUAUAUAACAAAUAUAUAUUUAGGUAUUUGCAGUAUAUGUUUUUCUUCUGAAUCUUUCCAGAUUAGUAAGUAGGUAUGAGUGACCUUAUAACAGCUUGUGUUAUUGACGUUGCUAUUUUAACAUACAAAAAAGUGAUUUAUUCGUCAAGAUAGCGCAAAAUGUUAAUAACACAUGCUGUUAUAAGAUCUCCCAUAUCCCACCAAAUUUCUAAAUAUAAAAGUAUAGCAAUCUCAGAUUUAUAUGUAGAGCUGCCAACGUUGUGGGAUAUUAAUGCACAAUCUGGCAACCAUGUUGCACUCUCAAAAAAUGGUCGCUGACAACCAUACAAGUCACCGUGUUGCCAUUGAAUAGCAUGGAAUUAAACCUUCAGUGUAUAUGUUUUGUGGGUAACAAGUUCUGGGGAAAAGACCAAAAUAUUUGAACUUCUAUAAUCUUUUAGUGAAAUGAAAGGGCGGUUUUCUCCGCCAGACCACAGACGGGGCAAACGUCCUUCGAUGGAUGAUAGAGAUGAACGUCAUCGAAGCCCCCCUUUAUUUGAAAGAAGACCAAGUCAAAUGUUCAGAGGCAAUAGAGACAGGAGGGACACUGAGCGAUCUCACGACUUUGAUAUGUGUGCCACAAAUCAAGAUAUAAUUCCGAUCCAGAAUGGUCCAGGAAUUGGUGCUUCAAAUGUGUGGUCUGAUCCAGCACCAGGGAUGUUGGGAGCAGAAAUGGGUAUGGGUUACCCAAUGGUUGGUAUGAAUAUGAUAGUGGACCCAAAUAUGAUCUCCAUAAAUAACUAUGGAAUGAUGCCGUCUAUCAUGCCUCCUGAUCCUAACUUGAUCACUCCAGAUCCAUCAAUAAUAAUGAAUCCAGUCAAAGAGAUUAUUCAUUGCAAGUCUUGUACACUAUUCCCGCCAAAUCCAAAUGCUCCCAUGCCUUCUACAAGGGAUAGGCCUCCAGGAUGUCGAACAAUAUUUGUUGGAGGUUUACCAGAAAAUAUGACUGAGGAUAUAAUCAGAGAGAUAUUUGACAGAUGUGGAGAGAUUACUACAUUGCGUUUGAGCAAAAAGAACUUCUGUCAUGUCCGGUUUGUUUAUGAAGCAUCCGUGGAUGCUGCUAUCUUUUUAUCUGGUUAUAGAGUCAGAAUUGGCUCAAAUGCAGAACCAGCCAAUACAGGAAGGCUUCAUGUAGACUUCGCGCAGGCGCGCGACGAUCAAUAUGAAUGGGAAUGCAGGCAGAGGCAGUUGCAGAGAGAGCAACGCCAUAGGGAACGAAUGGAGGAAGAAAGGAUGCGACCGCCGUCACCUCCACCUGUCGUUCAUUAUACGGAUCACGAGGCAGCGGCCGUAGCUGAGAAGAUCAAGCAGGAUGAAACUUUCACGAAAGCUGUACAGAUUGUUAUAACCUGGCUAGAUAGAGGUGACUGUAACAAAAGGAAUGUCAACACCUUUUAUUCAAUGAUUCAAUCUACGAACUCGCACAUAAGGCGUCUGUUGAGCGAGAAAUCUCAAUAUGACGAUGAGCUAAGAAAGGCUAAAGAAUUGAUGAAGGGCAGAAUGCAGGGAAUUUUGCUACAGUUCAGUCAAAUUGAGCGAUUGUUCGUGGCUGCCUGUCACAAGAAGGUCUGGGACCAUUUUACCAAGGCUCAGAGAAAGAACAUCGAAGCCUGGAAAAAGCAGUCGUUGGAAAUUAAAAAUGUGCAGCUGGAGGAUCCAGGAUCCCAAAGAGAUGAUGACGAGAUGGAUGUGUCGGACGAUGAAGAUUUUAUGAGGAAAAGACAAAGGCAUGAUAUAUCCAUCGAAGAGACAUAUCACUUGAAGGAUGAAAAUGACAGUUUGAGAUGCCAGUUAGAGGCUUACAAAAACGAGGUAUUUUUCAUCAGGGUGGAAGUGCUGAAACUAGACUACAAAAAGGACAUGGAAGACAAAGACAAGCAAUUCAAAGUACUACAACAAACGCUACAGGGCAUGCAACAGCAGCUACUCGAAGCGAAAAAAGACAAUGCGAGGAAGAAGCUAGGGUGAAGGAUUGCAAAGCAAAUUGUCAGGGGAGAAACCUCCAAGGAAGCAUGAUCGAAAAAUAUUGACCGACAAAGAGAUUAUCAACUUGGAUGACAGCGAAAACGAGCAGUGUGACUCUGUCAGCGUGUCAGAGUGUCUUUCAGAGGCUGCAACGAGCACAACCUCGCAGAGACUGAACGAAUGCGACGCCAAGUGGUGGGCAUAAUAUCAACUUUUCUGAACGUUCAUCCUUUUGGGCAGGUUUGGACUACAUUUGGUCCUAUGUAAGCAAAAUAGAGCCGAAUAUACGACCUUCCGAUAUUGAAAUCUCUCAUGAUUCGGUUUCAUCCGUAUUCAAGCAGGAGCUUGUGGGUAUUGGAGCUAAUAUCGAGAGAAAGUGGAUUUUUAAUGCUUCUGUAGUGCUCCGAAUGGUAAAAGUUAGACUAUGGAAUUUCAUUUUUUAUUUAAUGAUUCAAUAUUCCGUUUUGAAAUGUGAUCUUCUGGAAAAGUGAAUUGAAGUAAACGUAUUAGUAAGAGA